AUUCUUUGCACUGCCUGCAGAUCUGACCUCAUUUUACCAUACUAUCUUACAAACAACUCUUCGCUUCAUAUCACGUCAGUCGACAGCACGCAGAAGGCCGGUCUUUUCUGUCUUAAUCACUCUCGACCGUCGAUAAUCCAAACCUCGAUCAAGAUGAAGUACCAGACUAUCGCUUUCGCCGCUUCGACCCUCGUCGGUCUUGUGGCGGCCGGUCCUUACCACCGUCACCACCAUGUGAGGCGCGUUAUCAAGCGUGAGGUUCCCCAGGAGCACUCUCACGAAGUCUUCCUCAACAUUACCAGGGAGUUCCUGAACAAGGAGAACCCCAAGGCCAUCGCCGACCCCGUCUUCGGCCUCCUUGGAGACGGAGCCGCAAAGGCUGGCGCCGGACAGGUUACCAACUUGGCCUGCUUGCAACAGGAGACCGCCGACCAGGCUUUCACCAACGCUAAAGCCGCCAAGGAUAUCCGCGGCAUGUCUGCUGCUCUCGUCUAUCAGACUCUUGAGCGCAAUACUGCGGGUGUCGGUGUGAACAGCGAAGCUUGCACCGACAAGCCUGUCAACGCUGAGAUCGCCGCUCUGUCCAAGAAACAUCAAGACCCUGCUGCCGACGGCGCAGCGGCCAACAACAAGGAGGUUGCUCUUGCACUUGCCAAGCAGUUGGCCGCAGUCGGCGGUGACCCCAUGUUGGCUCUUGAGAGCGGCACCUUCGCUCCUGGUGACAAGUCCGACACGACCUUCAAGGGUCUCAGCUGUGACACCGACACCGACCCUACAGGCUGCAUCUUCACCGAGAAGAAGCUCGUUCUUGAUGCUACUCCCGAAGAGAUCACUGCCGCUGCUCAAGGUGUCACUCAGACCGUCACUGGCGGCACUGGCGAACUGAAGGCAACUCACAUCGACAUCACCGGUCUUGCCGUCGCUGGCCAGGCCGGAAGUGCCGCGGGUGCGCAGGCUUCCAGCACUCCUGCCAACGCUGGAAACAAUGCCACGCCUGCCAGCGGAAACACCAACACCAACGACGCUUCUUGUGAUGCAACCAGCUCCAACAAUGGCGCCGCCCAAACCCAGGCCAACAACGGCACCGCUGGUGGAAACAACGGAAACAACUCCAACAACAACGGAAAUGCCAACAGCGGCAACGCCAACACCGGUAACGGCAACAAUGUCCAGACUUUUACCGGCGCUCUCGGUGGCGCCCCUCCCCCGGUCAUCCAGAGCUCUGGCGACCGCCCCUUCUCCGUCAAUGGCGACACCUUCGUCGGCAAGGGCGCCGCCCUUGGCCGAUCCUGCGACGUCCAGCACAACGCCUGCGCCCGCGCCGUCAACAGCGGUCAGCUCGACGGCGAAGUCUCCCAGUGCGACGAGCAGAACACCCAAUGCCGCGCCCAGGCCAGCCUCCGCAAGCGCUUCUUCAAGCGCCAGGCCACCGACUUUGGCUCCUGCAGCGACCCCUCCGUCGUCUUCAAGGACGGCCUGCCCGACCGCCAGGCCGCUGCCUUCAUCGCCAACAACCAGGGCGACUUCAACCACGGCUCUGCGCAGAAGAUUGGCAUCAUUGCUGGCUUCAUCUGUCAGCGCCUGUCGGACAGCUGCAAGGCGCCUGCUGCUACCGUUGAGAGCUGCAACCAGGCUCAGACCGCUGCUGUCGCUGCCACGCAGGAUGAGACUGCUGCGAACGUGUUCAACAGCAUGCUCAUUGGCGGCUCGGCUAGCGGUAAUGUCACCGCUCGUGGUCAGCUCAGACGCUAUUGAUCAAAGGGCUU